AUGAACGAAAUUCGUGAUAAUGAAACCCUUGUUUCUAAAAUCGUCAACGCCGAUGAGUUGACCAAGGACAUUGCACAAGGAACCGUCCCCCAAUAUGUCUUCUACACACCCAAUGUCAGGAACAGCGGUCACAAAACCAACCUUUCUUUUGCGAGCAAUUACCUGAAAACGAAAUUCAUUCCGCUCAUUGAACCAGUGUUGGCAAAUUCCAAAUCACUUCUUGUUAUUACAUUUGAUGAGUCAACCUACUUUGACCAUAUAGCGGACCUAUUGAAAUAUAACCAAAUAUACACCGUACUUAUUGGGCCAAACGUUUUAGUUUCUCAUAAACACGAGAAUGACAUGAGAUAUAACCAUUAUAGCAUGCUACCCACAAUUCAAGCCAACUGGAAUUUAUCCGACAAUUCGACCAAUAAAAUUGAGCGUGAAAUUUAUUUAGAAUCUCUCUCUUUCGCGCUAAUCAUGACAAACAUCGCAAGGAGACUCUUAAAUCAUAGUGAAGUCCGGUUCCCCAUUAUCAUUGAUGCAAAGAGACAGAAAAACUUAUUCGAACUGUUGAAUGUUUAUCCCGAUUAUGGAGUUGGAAUCAAAGUGGUACAAAUUCAACACCUGCUUUCCGACCAUUAA